GAAACGCGCUCGUGGAUUUUGCAGACGUGACGUGACGGCCAACGAGCUUCCAAAAUCCAGGUGCACAGCCAGAAGCGGCAGCAAGUUCUGUCAGCGGUGGAGGGAACCAGACGACGACACGACAACCCACCGAAGCGAGCCGCGGCACCAGCAGCACCCGUGGCAGCCGCUUUUACGCAUCUUCCCCCCCGGGAACCUACGCAGUUAUCUGUCUCUCCUCUUGUUCCUGCCCACACCGGCUACCUGAGGCCAUCUCCAAGGCCACAGGCCCUCCACUCAUCCUCCUCCCCGACCUGCUUCCACGCCUCCUCUGCGCGUGCGAGCCCACACAGACGAUGCGAUGAGCGAAACCCCGCGAAUAACAAAAGGGGGCUUCCCCCAAACACCCGCCGCAUCCCGGAGCAGGCAGGGAGGCUCGCCCUCCCCCUCGGCCGAGCCCAAGCCUGCACGCCGAAGCCUACCCCUAGCUCCCCAGACCAACCCCGAGUCGACGGGGAGCGAGCCCCUAAUACCCCUCACCAUCCUCGAUGCUCCGACGCAGCGCUACUAUGCCUGCGGCAUCUACAUGCUGUUGUGGGCAUGGAAGCUGUACGACUGGCUGCGCGUCGUCGACGACAACGCCGAGUCCUUCUGGCUGUUCCUCAAGUGGAUCGCCAUCGACCUCUGCAUGCUCUUCGGCUUGCCCGAGCUCAGGAUCCCGUGGCUGGAGCUUUCCCAGCCUGUUGUCAUCGUGCUAUUUUUCAUCCAUGCCGUACUGGACUGGAUGCUCAUGUUUAAUAUUCCGAUUCCAGCGCUCACCUGGCUCCUCGGGUUUGCCAAGGCAUUUUUCGACAAGGAACUCUCCAUCUCGGACCAAUACGUCAAGUCAUCAAGCAUCCUACACAACCAUUCCCUCAUCCAGGGCAGGCAGAUCAUCAACAUCCUCCCGGAGGGCUCUGCGCUCCUAAACCCCGAGGGCACACCCUUCUGCAUUGGCGGCGACCGGACCACGGCUCUAAUCCCUAUCCAGUUCAACGCCACCAUCCCCCACGAGGUCGAGCUGGUGCGAUUUGACCUGUCCCUGGACCACGUCGAGGAGGAGGUCCUGAAGCUCUCGCGGUCCCAGCUCCGCGCCAUUGAAAAGCAGGUCAAAAAGCUGUCUCCCGAGGGCGACGGGAGCGCCGUCACGUUCGAGUUCCCCGUCAAGAAGACGGGCGCUUACAAGCUGCGUCGCGUGCUGGACGAGUACAAGCUCGAGGUGCAGCGCCAGAGCCCCCAUACCUUUGUUGUGCCCUGCCCCUCGGUCAGCAUCGGCCUGUCGCCGUCGUCGGAUAGAUGCCUCAACGACUUGUCGGACCUCGCACUUAAUGUCGACGGCACCCCGCCACUCAAAAUCACGUACAGCCGUACCAUUAACGGCAAGAACCAUGGCUUCCACUUCCAGAGCCUCCAGCCCGAUGGCUUUGCGUCCCCGCUGACGGGCACCACUUCGCCCUCGUCUAGCCUCUUGGCCACUGGGGACGAGGACGUGACGUGGGCGAGGUCGCAGCGCGUCACAGUGAGCCUCAACGAAUCGCUGUGGGCUACCGGCGAGUGGCGGUACUCGGUCGACGAGGUUAAAGACGCCUUUGGCAACAUCGUCAAGUAUGCCUCACCAGCCGACGACCCGGAGCUCCCCUCCAAGGGUAAGACGCUUGUGCAGAGUUUCUCAGUCAAGGAGAGACCCAAGGUUCACCUCGCUCGGUGCGAUAUCCGGAACCCGCUCAAGGUGGCUCGCGGUGAAAAGGUGCAACUGCCCGUCGUCUACGAGGGCCAGCCGCAGCACGAGGACGACCGCCCGCACACGCUUACCUGGGAGUUUGCACCCAUUGACAGUCUCACCAAAAACGGCGACCCUGGCGAUGUUGCCAUUCCCGGGUCGCACACGGGCAAGCGGGCCGGCGACCUACCUGUCGUCGUUGCCCCUGGCCUAUACACCCUGAAGAGCGUCAGCGCGGGAACGUGCGAGGGCGAGGUCCGGGAGCCAUCGACGUGUCUCUUGCUGAACCCGCUCGAGCCCGAUCUCACCAUCCGGUCACAGGAGAUUCCCGACACGUGCGCCGGCAACUCUGUUGGUCUCGAGGUGGACCUCGACCUUGUGGGCACACCGCCGUUUAAGGUCCGGUACGAGGUGGUGACCAACGGCGUGAGGCGCCGUGAGAGCGUGACCAUCCAGGGUCUCCGAUACCAGAUGAGGUUGAUACCACGCCAGGCCGGGACGCACAAGUACACCUUCCUCUCCAUCGACGACAAGUUGUACAAGAACCAGCCACUGGCCGGCCAGGGCAUGACGCUAGAGCAGAGCGUGAAGCCCGCCGCCCAGGCCUCCAUCGCCGGAGAAGCGACCGUCAAUGCAUGCCUGGAAGACCAGGUCGAAAUCGAUGUCAAGCUUUACAACGGCGACGCUCCCUUCACGCUCGAGUACGAGAUCGUCCACGACGGCCGGCGAACUCCGUACAAGGUGACGCAGAUCAAUUCGGGCAAGUACACCAUCAAAACGCCCGCCUUGUCAAAGGGUGGAGAAUACACCGUGGCCCUCAUGGGUGUCCAGGAUAAGCGCGGCUGCCGAACUUCUCUGCAAGAGGAAGUCAAGAUCGCGGUUCGGCGCCAGCGCCCGCGUGCAGCCUUUGGCGCGGUUGAAGGCCGCCGCAAGGCUCUCAACAUCGAGACGCAUGCCGCCAAGCACAAGCUCCCGCUCCGCCUCGCCGGCGUCGGCCCAUGGACUGUGACGUACAAGAACCGCGACCUGGCUGGCUCGACGCCUGCCACAAGCACCAUCCAGGGCAACAACGGCUUCCUGACGGUCCGCGAGCCUGGCAUGUACGAGCUCCUCGAGGUUACCGACAGCCAGUGCCAGGGUACCGUCGAUCCCAACGCUUCCACGUUUGAAGUUGACUGGCUUCCCCGACCUGUGCUCAGCCUCGUCGAGGCCGAGAGCAUCAGCCCUGCCGGCGACAAGCUAGUCAAGAAGGAUGUGUGUGAGGGGGACAUUGACGGUUUCGAGAUAAACCUCAAAGGUGCGCCACCUUAUCACGUCAAGUAUGAAAUUCGCCACAAGCCUGCGACUGGGUCCGCGUCCAUGAGCCCGAAGGGGUUUGAUGCCGCGCUGAGCAAGGCAGCCAUAGCGAUGGACACUAGCAAGCCUGGCCUCUACGCCUACACCUUCUCGUCCCUGGCCGACAGUCUCUACGAUCUGGACGAAAAGCAGUUCACACCUGUUGUUCUGGAGCAGAGGGUCAACGCCAAACCCACGGCGACGUUCGACAAGCCUGGGCAGACGUUCAAGUUUUGCCUGUCGGAGCAGGAGUACGAGGAGAAGAUACCGGUGACGCUUACGGGCGUGCCGCCCUUCUUCCUGGAGCUCGAGAUCAAGCACCACAGCGGGACUGUGCCGCAGGUGCACCACGUCACGUCGAUCCACACCAAGUCGUUUGGGGUGCAGAUCCCACGCGAGCUGCUCCGGCUCGGGUCGCAGCAGGUGCGGAUCCGCGAGGUGCGCGACGCGCAGGGCUGCCAGUCGCGCAUGGACCCCACGGGCGCGGGCGGCAGCGGCAGCGGCAGCUCGGCGGUGAACGUGCAACUGUACGACGCUCCGGCCGUGUACCCGCUCGAGACGCGGACCGACUACUGCGUGGGCGAGCGCAUCGCAUACACGCUCAGCGGCACCCCGCCAUUCAAUGUCGAGUACACGUUCGAGGGCCAGCGCCGCGCCGCGCUAUCCAAGACGACGAGCUUCCGGCGCGUGGCCGACUCGCCCGGCGAGUUCGCCAUCACGGGCGUCAGCGACAAGGCGAGCGAGUGCAGGGCGGCCGUGGACCUGGUCAAGCGCGUGCACCCGAUGCCGAGCGUGCGCAUCAGCCGCGGCCGCAACGUGCGGGUCGACAUACACGAGGGCGGCGAGGUGGACAUUCUGUUCGAGUUUGGCGGCACGCCGCCGUUCGAGUUCACGUACACGCGCAGCACCAACGAAAAGCGCGGCCAGCGGCCGCAGGUGCUCGAGACGAGGCACGACGUCAGCCACGAACACAGCAAGGUGGUGCGAGCCAGCCAGGAGGGCACGUACGAGGUGGUGGCCAUCAAGGACCGGUACUGCUCCUUCUCCACGCAGCAGAUGGGGUCGCCCAAAGACGGUGCGGUCAAGAAGUUGAUGCAGUAUUAAGGGGGGGGCUGAGGGAGCAGGAUGGAAGGAGGCAGGUAGCAAGCAAGUGGGAAAAUAGACGGGGUAUAGCAGCAUCUUGAUUUUCUUGUUUCACCUUCUUUUCUUGUCUACACUAGAAUGCGUGGUCAUCUUGGGUUGGGACUGUGAGGAAGUAUUGUGUAGGCGGUGCGUAUGUGCGGCGGUAUGUGGCAUCAAGCACGGCGUUCUUCCAUGGGUCUCUACUUUCCUACUGUUUGUCUUUUUUUUUUCCGCUUUGGCUUCCUUGGAGGGAUAAUACCAAGUUCGAUUUAAAGUCUCCGAUAUCCGCCAUGUUGGAAACGGGCUUGCAGCAGACUACCUAUGCC